GUGUUGUAAGUGUCAGAGUCGAACAUUCUUCCGUUAAUCCGUUAGUUGAACAAACGUAAUGAUGAACGCACUCCCCCCUGUUUGUUUAUUGAAAAACGAGUGUGAUGGAGAGCCUAAAAGAGUUUUGAUUACCGGAUUCGGACCUUUCAAAGGCGUUCCAUACAAUCUGAGUUGGGGAGGAGUGGCGAGUAUGGAUGACAGAAAAUUUGAGGUGGAAAAUAACAUAAUAAUAUUGAGGAAAAAAAUAGGAGUACGAUAUUGUGAAGUUGAUUGUAAAAUCCCCAAGCUGUGGCGCCGCUUCCAGCCUGAAUUGGCGAUUCACGUUGGCGUACACCCCACAGCUACAACUUUUCUUUUAGAAACAAAUGCACGUAAGGGUGGGUACUUUAACCCGGACAUUAAGCAGCGAACACCACGUUCCUAUGAGGCCAAGUCUGGAGACAGUCCACAGAAAACAACCACAUUUAAUGUGAAGACAAUCUGCGAGCUAUUUAAUGAAUAUCCACCCGCACCAAAACUGAAGGCCAAAGUUUCACACGACGCUGGACAGUAUCUCUGUGAGUACAUCUACUACACAUCGCUGUGUCGAGGCCCGGCUCUAUUCGUUCACAUUCCACAACACAAGUAUACGGCAGAAGAAGUAGCUCUGGGAUUGCAACGUAUCUUAGAAUUAUGUCUUAUAAACCAACUUUCCGACGAAAUAAUGGUCUAAUAAGAAAAUCAGAGGCUUUUCAUUAUUUCUUU